CAACACUGGGCAGCAGAACACAUAAACACAACCCUCUGAUUCGAUAACGGUGGAAAUGGAAGGAGGAUCUCAUCCCUAUGUCCCACGGGAUUUGCAGUUACCCGGUUACGUUCCUUGCUUUCUUUCCAUGUCCAACAUUGUUUCUGUCUUCGCUAUCUCUUCCCUCCUUGUCGUCUCUCUCGUUUGGUUCUUCUCAGGGGGCAAGAAAACCAAAGUUGAUAGAUUGCUAAUGUGCUGGUGGGCAUUCACGGGCCUCACACACAUGGUUCUUGAAGGUUACUUUGUUUUUGCACCGGAGUUUUUCAAGGAUAAGACUGGCUUCUACCUUGCUGAAGUUUGGAAGGAAUAUAGCAAAGGGGAUUCAAGGUAUGCAGGAAGGGAUGCAGGAGUGGUUACUGUUGAAGGGAUAACAGCUGUUUUAGAGGGUCCAGCUAGUCUUUUAGCAGUAUAUGCUAUAGCUACUGGGAAAUCUUAUAGCUAUAUACUUCAGUUUGCCAUUUCCUUGGGCCAGCUAUAUGGAACUUUUGUAUAUUAUAUAACAGCAAUCUUGGAAGGUGAUAAUUUUUCUGCAAACACAUUUUACUAUUAUGCAUACUAUAUUGGUGCAAAUGCAUCCUGGAUUGUGAUACCCUCAAUCAUUGCCAUCCGCUGCUGGAGGAAAAUCUGUGCUGCAUUUCGGGUUCAAGGAGGUCAGACAAAAAAGACUAAAGUUCGUUGAUGAAGUCCUUUUCAGGUUAUUGGGUUUUGAAGAUCCUGUGGUUAAUAAUGAUGUGUAGGGGUGGUUGAGAUAGGAGAGAUUGUUUUAAGAAUUGUGUCAAUUGGUUUUUUAAACUUAAUAUCUAGGGAAAGAAAAAGAAUCCACUGUUAUUUGAGUAGGUUACGUUUUAAGUUUUGAACGGAAUAUUUUGCGAUCGUUCAUAUGAAAUUGAGUGUUAACUGGCACAUGCUAGAAUAUAGACUCCAUUGCUUUUGCUCU